CACAGUGACACCCCUAAUUUCAUUUCAUAAUAAUGCUCCAAAACCCUCGAAGAAAAAAGCCUGAAGCAGAAGCAGAUUGAAAGAAAUGGUGGAAGACACAACACUAUACCAACAAUUGCACAAGCUAAGUGGGAUAAAAUCAGAAGAAGCACUUCAUCACUUACUUUCCACUCUUUGGAACAGCAGACGAACCGGUCUCCGCCCUCCCGAAAAGUCCCACCUUCACUCUCUCCUCAAUCUUCCUUCUCUCCCCGAACUCGACCCAUUGUUGGCGUGUCUUCGUUCACUUAUCAGAAAAUGUGCACAUGACAACGUAACUGGCGACGAACUUCUGAAGCAGUUCCCACCGGACCUUCCUAUUGAUCUCCAAACCACUCUCGUCUUGUCUUUCCAGAAGUUUCACAAUCAGUGGAAACAGGAUUUAUCCACUCAACAGGAUCCAUUGCCAAGGAAUAAUAGUGUUUCCUAUCAAGUGAGAACAAGUGUUCCUCCUCCUUCUUUCGCUUGUUUGCCAUCUUCAGAGAUUUCUACUACUUCUACUGUUACUCCACUAUGGCCUCGGCAAGAUGAUCCCAUUGCUCGACUCAAUCGGGAUGAUCUUGGGGCUUUGGCACCACUUGUUGUUGACACAAAUGCCUCUGCCACUCUUCUGGACAACCUGGGAACUCUACCCCGCCUUAAGUCAAUGACUUGGACGAUGCAGAAUUGCAGCUCAGCACCAGCUAAUAGAAUAGCUGUCAUCAGCCUUAAGUUGCAAGACUUCAGCAAGUCUCCUUUAGGUGAAAUGGAGGUGAAGUUUCAGCUAACUAGAGACACACUUGAAGCUAUGUUGAGAUCAAUGACCUACAUUAGUGAACAACUCUCAAACAUGGUUGGGAGUUCAUCAAUGCCAGCACAUAAGAAGCAAAGGCAAUAAAUUACGUUGUCUCCUGACUCUCCUCUCUCAUCUCCCCCCCCCCCCCCCCCCCCCCCCUUUUUUAUUUUUCCUUAACUGGCAAUGCCAUCCAUGCCCUAUCUGUACUUAAUAGUUUUCUAAUGACUUUCUAAUUUAUAAUGCCAUCCAUGUCUUAGAUUAGCAAAUACCAAAUCUGAUUCAAGUCAGCCAGAAUCCCCUCCACCUUGCUCGUGCACUCUUAUUACCUUUAUUAUUAUUUUGGUGGUUGGGGGCUGGCAUUGCAAAAGUAUAGGUGAUGGAAUUAUUUUAUACUUGAUAUUUGUUUAUUUUGGUGCUAUAUUUAAUUUAUUGGUUCCCCCUCCCCCUUUUCCUUCU